GGCCGGCGGCGCUCCGCCUGCAAGCAGCCUGGGCGCGCGGCUCCCGGCUCGGGGCCUCCCGGUCCGGCCCCCGCCUCCCGCCUCCCGCUCCGGCCGCCGGCCUCGCAGGCUCCGCCGCCGCCGCCGAGCGUGAAUGAAAGGCGGGCGCCGCCGGGGGCUGGCUGCAGGCGCCGCGGUGACGCGGCCCCGCGGGAGGCGCCAGCCCCGCGGAGAUGUACGGUGUGUGCGGCUGCUGUGGCGCCCUGCGCCCCAGGUACAAAAGGCUGGUUGACAACAUCUUCCCUGAGGAUCCCGAGGACGGCCUGGUGAAGACCAACAUGGAGAAGUUGACCUUCUACGCCCUCUCGGCUCCAGAAAAGCUAGACCGGAUCGGCGCCUACCUCUCCGAGAGGCUCAUCCGGGAUGUGGGUCGUCAUCGAUAUGGGUACGUGUGCAUCGCUAUGGAGGCGCUGGACCAGCUGCUCAUGGCCUGCCACUGCCAGAGCAUCAACCUCUUCGUGGAGAGUUUCCUCAAGAUGGUGGCCAAGCUGCUGGAGUCAGAGAAGCCCAACCUGCAGAUCCUGGGCACCAACUCGUUUGUGAAGUUUGCCAACAUCGAGGAGGACACCCCGUCCUACCAUCGGAGCUACGACUUCUUUGUGUCCCGCUUCAGUGAAAUGUGCCACUCCAGCCACGAUGACCUGGAAAUCAAGACCAAGAUCCGAAUGUCAGGCAUCAAAGGGCUGCAAGGGGUGGUGAGGAAGACGGUGAAUGAUGAGCUGCAGGCCAAUAUCUGGGACCCACAGCACAUGGACAAGAUUGUCCCAUCGCUGCUCUUCAACUUGCAGCACGUCGAAGAGGCCGAGAGCCGGUCCCCCUCGCCCCUCCAAGCGCCGGAGAAGGAGAAGGAGAACCCGGCAGAGCUGGCUGAGAGGUGCCUUCGGGAACUGCUGGGCCGGGCUGCCUUUGGCAACAUCAAAAAUGCUAUCAAGCCUGUUCUCAUCCACCUGGAUAACCAUUCUCUGUGGGAACCCAAGGUGUUCGCCAUCCGUUGCUUUAAAAUCAUCAUGUAUUCAAUUCAGCCGCAGCACUCCCACCUGGUUAUCCAGCAGCUCCUGGGCCACCUGGAUGCCAACAGCCGCAGUGCGGCCACCGUGCGCGCGGGCAUUGUGGAGGUGCUGUCGGAGGCCGCUGUCAUCGCCGCCACCGGUUCUGUGGGGCCCACGGUGCUGGAGAUGUUCAACACGCUGCUGCGGCAGCUGCGGCUCAGCAUCGACUACGCCCUGACCGGGAGCUACGACGGGAGCUACGACGGGGCGGGCGUCAGCCUGGGCACCAAGAUCAUCAAGGAGCACGAGGAGCGCAUGUUCCAGGAGGCCGUCAUCAAGACCAUAGGCUCCUUUGCCAGCACGUUGCCCACGUAUCAGCGCUCAGAGGUGAUCCUCUUCAUCAUGAGCAAGGUCCCGCUGCCCUCUCUGCAUCACCCCGUGGAGACGGGGAGGACCGGAGAGAACAGGAACCGGCUGACCCAGAUUAUGCUGCUGAAAUCCCUCCUUCAGGUGUCCCUAGGUUUCCAGUGCAGCAAUAUGAUGUCAGCCCUGCCCAGCAACUUCCUGGACCGCCUUCUGUCCACCGCCCUCAUGGAUGACCCAGAGAUCCGUCUCUUCGUUCUAGAGAUUCUCAUCAGUUUCAUUGAUCGUCAUGGCAACCGCCACAAGUUCUCUUCCAUCAGUACCCUCAGUGACAUCUCUGUCCUGAAGCUGAAAGUGGACAAGUGCUCCCGACAGGACACCGUCUUCAUGAAGAAGCACUCCCAGCAGCUCUACAGACACAUCUACCUGUGCUGUAAGGAGGAAACGAACACACAGAAGCACUACGAGGCCCUCUAUGGCUUGCUGGCGCUCAUCAGCAUCGAGCUGGCCAACGAGGAGGUGGUGGUAGACCUCAUCCGCCUGGUGCUGGCUAUUCAGGACUUGGCCCAGGUCAAUGAAGAGAACUUGCCUGUAUACAACCGCUGUGCCCUCUACGCGCUGGGCGCGGCCUACCUGAACCUCAUCAGCCAGCUCACGACAGUGCCAGCCUUCUGCCAGCACAUCCAUGAGGUGAUAGAGACCAGGAAGAAAGAGGCCCCGUACAUGCUCCCCGAGGACGUGUUUGUGGAGAAGCCCAGGCUGUCUCAGGAUCUUGAUGGAGUGGUGAUUGAGUUCCUCUUCCGCCAGAGCAAGAUCAGUGAAGUCCUGGGGGGCAGUGGCUACAAUUCAGACAGGCUCUCCCUGCCCUACAUCCCUCAGCUGACAGAUGAGGAUCGCCUGUCCAAGAGGAAGAGCAUUGGAGAAACCAUUUCCCUGCAGGUGGAGGUGGAAUCUAGGAACAGCCCUGAGAGGGAGGAGCGAGUACCAGCAGAGGAGAUCACCUAUGAGACGCUGAAGAAGGCCAUUGUGGACAGUGUGACGGUGGAGGAGCAGGAGCGCGAACGGCGGCGGCAGGUGGUGGAGAAGUUCCAGAAGGCGCCCUUCGAGGAGAUCGCAGCUCACUGCGGGGCCCGGGCGUCACUGCUGCAGAGCAAACUCAAUCAGAUCUUUGAAAUCACCAUCCGGCCCCCGCCCAGCCCAUCAGGAACCAUCACCGCAGCCUACGGCCAGCCUCAGAACCACUCCAUCCCCGUCUACGAGAUGAAGUUUCCAGACCUGUGUGUAUACUGAAUUCCAAGAGGUGGAGCUGCUUGGAGGGGUGGGCCUGAGGGAGGGGCUCACCCUCACACCCCACCCCUACUACCUGCAAGUCUAACAGGGAUCUCAGAAAUGGUCACCUUCCCACCUAAACAAGGUAGAGCCCCAGACCCUCCCGCUUCCCCUGUGUCUCCCCUGAGGGGUUGGCUACCUGCCCCUCUAGGACCAAUAAGCCUCUCAACUGUUCCCUUUAGUCUCCUUUGUGUCAGCGAGGGGACAAGA